UUUUUGAUAAAUAGUUUCUUUAUGAGUUGAAAAAUGAAUUGCCACAAAACUGAAAGUAGUAGAAAGCUAUAAUAUUUCCAUUCGUCAUUUCCAACAAGUCACAGUGUGAAGGACACGCCCUCCGCAGGUUCAUUAUGAAAGAAACACAAUCCGCCGCCUGUAGCUCCAGGCGGUUUAUACUAAUCAAAACAAGAUGGAGAAGUUAUUUGUGCUGUUGAUCUUCUGUCACGUUACAUCUGCAGUGAAACACUCCCUGAAAUAUUUCCUUACCGCGUCUUCUGGAGUCCCAAACCUCCCAGAGUUUGUGGGCGCGGCGCUGGUUGAUGAGGUCCAGGUCGGUUACUGUGACAGCAACAUCAGGUCUGCAGAACCCAAACAGGACUGGAUGCGAAAGCUGAUAAAGGACGACCCACAACACCUGGAGUGGUAUGCUCUGAAGUGUUCGGGUAAUCAGCAGGUCUUCAGAGCCAACAUUGACAGUUUGAAGCAACGCUUAAACCAAACCGGAGGUGCCCACAUCCUACAGAGGAUGAACGGCUGUGAGUGGGAUGAUGAGACUGGAGAAGUUAUUGGUUUUAAUCAGUACGGUUAUGAUGGAGAAGACUUUAUUGCGUUGGACCUGCAGACGCUGACAUGGAUCGCUCCAAAACAACAGGCCUUCAUGACCAAGCUUCGAUGGGAUGCUGAGAAAGCUAGAUUAGAAUAUAAUAAAAACUACUACAUCCACAAAUGUCCUGAUUGGCUGAAGAAGUAUGUGCACUAUGGGAGAAGCUUCCUGCAGAGAAAAGAGGUUCCCUCAGUGUCUCUCCUCCAGAAGUCUCCGUCCGCUCCGGUCAGCUGCCACGCUACAGGUUUCUACCCUGACAGAGCCAUGAUGUUCUGGAGGAAAGAUGGAGAGGAGCUUCAUGAGGACGUGGACCUCGGAGAGAUCCUCCCCAACCACGAUGGAUCCUUCCAGAUGAGUGUAGACCUGGACCUUUCAUCAGUCCCAGAUGAAGACUGGAAGACGUACGACUGUGUGUUUCAGCUCUCUGGUGUGGAGGACGACAUCGUCACCAAACUGGACGAAGCAGAGAUCAGGACCAACAGAGCCCGUCGACAGGAACCCAGGGAGGAUUCGGAGAUGUUCAAAUCCCAGCCGGCCUCUGAUGUCGACGCCUUGGGAAGGAAACGUUACGUGGCGCCUCAUGUCAUCUACCAAAUGGGGAAGAAACCCAACGAGCCCUGCUCCAUCGCCUCUUCUCUCAACUACUUCCCCAAAGAAGAACCCAGCGAGGUAAACGUGACGGCUCCGCCCAAGUCUCCGCCCUCCAACCUCACCGUGGUGAUGGUGGAGGGAUGCCCGUCCUUCGUCAUCCUGGACUGGGAGAAGACGGACAACGACACUACCGAUUAUGAAGUCAUCUCCACCAUCGGCGAGCAGGUUUCCAUCCUGACCACCAACCAGACCCACACCCCUGUGGAGAACCUCAGACCUGAGACUAGUUAUGAGUUUAAAGUGAAGCCGAAGAACGUGCUGGGUGCAGGUCCUCCCAGCGAGCCGGUCUCCUUCAACACAGAGUCUGCUGAUCCUCGAGUGAGCGAGAACGUUUCAGGAAAAGACGCCAUCUGGACUCUGUUCCCCUUCGAGACGGACUCGUACUCGGACUGUCACGGGAAGAAGUACGUGAAGAGAACCUGGUACAGGAAGUUUGUCGGCGUCCAGCUCUGCAACUCGCUACGCUACAAGAUCUACCUCAGCGAGGACCCUGGAGGUAAAUUCUACAACAUCGGGGAUCAGACCGGCUUCGGCGAGGAUCACUGUCAGUUCGUCGAUUCCUUCCUGGACGGAAGAACAGGACAACAGGUCCAAGCAGACCAGCUCCCCCCAAGACCCGGUUUCUACAGAGCCGUGCGUCAGGAGCCCGUCCACUUCGGACAGAUCGGAGGACACUCCCACGUCAGCUACGUCUCGUGGUAUGAGUGCGGGACGCCCAUUCCUGGGAAAUGGUGA